GUGUACAUAUAGACCUGAACCAAGACUAAGUUCUUUCUAUCUCAUUUGAAAAAGAAACUCGCAAUGAAUGUCCUUGAAUUUUCUCUUUCCCUCUUGAUUAUUAUCAUAUGUUUCACUUAUUCUACCUGGUACCUUACAAGUAGAUGGUGCAAAAGCUCAGUGCCAACAAAUUGGCCUCUCAUUGGAAUGUUACCUGGGCUUAUUCAAAAUGCUUAUCGUGUCCAUGAUUUUGCAACUGAUGUUCUUAUAGAAACUAUGGGCACAAUUGAGUUCCAUGGUCCUGUUCUUGCCAACUUGAACAUGUUAAUUACCAGUGAUCCUGCAAAUAUCCACCAUAUUCUUAGUAGAAAUUUCUCAAACUAUCCAAAGGGGCUUGAGUUACGUAAAAUAUUCGAUAUAUUAGGAAAUGGGAUUUUCAAUGUUGAUUCUGAGCUUUGGGAGUUUCAAAGGAAGACCACAAUAUCCUUGAUGACCAAUGCCAAGUUUCAAACUUUAUUAGAGAGGAACACGUGGGACACUAUUGAAAAAGGGCUUCUACCAAUUCUUGAUGCCUUUGCUAGACAAGACACCCCAUUUGAUUUGCAAGAUAUUUUUCAAAGAUACAGUUUCGAUGCUAUUAUCAAAUUGUUACUUGACCAUAAUCCAAGAAGUUUAUCCAUUGGUUUGCCUCAUGUUCCAUGCGAAAAGGCAUUCAACGACGCUAUGUAUGCACUUUUAUACCGACAUAUAUUGCCAGAAGGUUGUUGGAAAAUGCAAAAAUGGCUUCAAAUUGGUAAAGAAAAGAAGCUCAUUCAAGCACAAGAAGCUUUUGAUCAAUUUCUAUAUCCUUGCAUUUCACGUAAACGAGAAGAAUUGAUGAACCAAACAAUCAAAGACGAGGACUUCAACUUAUUCGCUGCCUAUGUAAAAGCAUACAAUCAAUGGAACAAUCGAGAUUCGAGCAAUAUACAAAAAUUUCUGAGGGACACUUUCUUGAAUUUGAUAUUUGCCGGGAGAGACACCACAAGUACAACCCUCACUUGGUUUUUCUGGCUCUUAGCGAAAAAUCCCUUAGUAGAGGCAAGGAUUAGAGAAGAGAUUCAACAACAAUUGCAUCUAAAAGAAGAUGAAAAUCUCAACACGGAAAAAACACGAAAAUUGGUCUAUCUACAUGGUGCUCUAUGUGAAACUCUCCGGCUAUUUCCAACUCUUUCUUUGCAGCGUAAAAUUCCACUUGAGUAUGACAUCCUUCCGAGCGGUCAUCGUGUUAGUCCAAACACGAGAAUUGUGCUAUCGUUCUAUACAGUAGGGAGAAUGGAGACUAUAUGGGGAAAAGAUUGCUUAGAAUUCAAGCCUGAGAGAUGGAUAACGGAACGAGGAAGCAUCAAACAUGUACCUUCUUUCAAAUUCCCAGCAUUUAAUGCUGGUCCCAGGCUUUGUAUAGGGAAAGAAAUGGGAUUCAUUCAGAUGAAAAUGGUGGCAGCCACAAUCAUACAAAAUUACCAAGUCCAACUAGUGGAAGGUCAAAUCAUUUCUCCCAGUUCUUCUAUUAUCCUUCAAGUAAAAAAUGGUCUGAAAGUUAGGCUCGUUAACAGGGUUCCUGUUCAAUCCAGCUAAACGUCCAUUGAUAAACCAUAUGCGUGUACAAUCUUUAACUUUUUAGAUAAUACGAAUGAUAUUGUUUUCUUUCUUUAUCUGCUUGAAGUUUGUUUACUGCGUAGAA